AUGGUCGUUGCCCCAGCAGAGUGGCACCGGAGGCGCAACAACACGGAGAUCGGGAUCCAAAGAGAAGGCGCCUCUCCUGUCAGCAGUAUCGUGAGUAGCGAAUGGAGGCAUGGGGAACAGCAGUUGCUUUCGCUGGUGCCACCGAUGGUGCUGCUGCGGCGGCAGGCCUCGUCAUUUGCCGUUGGCCAUCCGGACACGGUAGUGCAUCCCCACACACUGACGGAUGGCUGCUACGAUGAGAUAACUAUCCAUGCUGCCAUGCUGCCAUGCCCAUGCCAUGCCGUGCCACGCUCAUCGCGCGCUGGGGCGAUUAGCACCAAGGCCAUCCCUGCGCCGGGCCGGGGGGUGGACGAACAACUCGUUUGGUACUCGGGACUCUUGGAGUCUUGGGUCUUUGGUGGUCCACUCGGGCCUGUCCCUACCAGCUGGAGAGAGUCAAAAGAACCACAACCCAUGCGCCUGUCGGUGAUCUCGAAGAACGGAACGCAAGAUGGGUACCUCGUGGAACAUGCCAACCAGCCUCCCUUCUUUGCCUAUCUUCGCCUGGCCUUGUUGACUUCCCCAGAAUAG